AUGAAUCAGUGCGCCGAGAUCCUCCUAGGAAAGCGGAAACUCAGGUACGACGAGGACGAGCACCAUGACGACGAUGGACAACAGGAUCGCCCACCACCACCCCAGUGCCAUGGCGCCGCCACCCACUUGAAGAAGUAUGAGAUCGAACGCAUCAUUGACCGGCUCAGCGUUGAAGGCGCCCUUACCGAGGAGAAUCUGAUCAACAAAAGCCGGCUUCGCCAUUCAGACGAAGAAAGGGACGGAGUGCCGACCACGCGGAAUGGUUACCAGAGAGACGAUUUUGUGGUCGAUUCUGAUGACGAUGACUAUUUCGAGCCGUUGUCCAAGAAGCGCAAGUCCAAUACGGGCCUCUGUGCCGAUGCGCCACCCCUUGACCACACAUCCCUUAACUCAUUGCCUGAAAUCCACCAAGAGGUGGUCCGGAACUUCGUCUCUGUCGCCAAGGAUCGCGAGGAAGAGAUACGAAAUAAUAACGGCCUACGCAGGCCCCUUUUCGGCGAGAAGGAUUUCCAGCAGAUGGCGAUACAUUGGACCAUUACAUUAGAUGAGAUGAAGCGCAUCAAUGGCAUCGAUCAAGGCCGCGUCAACACGUAUGGCGAGAAGUUCCUCAGGCUCAUUCGCGAUUUCUACGGGGAGUACACGACAAUGAUGGGCGCCAUGGGUGGGGAUGACAGCAUGGAAAAUGUACUGGCUGGCGAGGACCACGAAAUCGUCGACCUGGUCAGCUGCGACGAAGACGAUUCUGACGCGAUGGAUAUGGAAGCCGACCCCUCGAAUGAGCGGCAAUCUAGAUUCUUCACGGCUCCCGUCGCGGGACGUGCUCAGGCCAACGCGGACCCGUCAGCCAUUGCCCAGUGGCAUCAGCGCCUCCAACAGGCAAGCCAAUCGGCACCCGCCCCGGCAGCCCAGCCUUUGGGAACCGGCCAAGACGCUCGACCCUCUGGAGGGCGGAGGGCGGCCCGCGGGGGUUGGAAAAGCCGAGGGGGCAGCGGUAGGCGAUCCAGCGGCACAUCCAGACGCAAGGCCUCGGGGGUGGCCCCUCGUCGAGGUCUGGCUUUUCUGGGAGUGGAAAGGGCGCUCGCGGCGGUCGGGGAGGUAGCAGGGGAUCUGGCGGAGGCCAAGGCGGGUCUGCCAUUGGGCUCAUGCCGCUAUAAAUGGGUUUGA